AUGUCUCACCUCCAAUACUACGCAUACGAAGGGCUCGGCCAAAAGAACCUGCGCGAUUUCGGGUACAACCAGGCCGUUCGGGUUGGAGAUAGAAUCGAAUGUGCUGGGCAAGGCGGCUGGGAUCCUUUGACUGGCGUGUUUGAGAAGGAAAUCAAUGCUCAAAUUGAUCUUGCCUUUUCCAAUGUCGAGCACAACUUGAAGGAUGCAGGCGGAAAGGGAUGGUCUCAGGUUUACCGCGUGAACUCAUACCACGUUCCAAUCAACAACGAGGCGUUGGCCGCCAUGGUCCGUAACUUCAAGAAGUGGAUGCCCGAUCAUCAGCCGAUCUGGACUUGUGUUGGCGUUACUCGCCUUGGCGAAGAUGACAUGCGUGUUGAGAUUGAGGUCGUCGCUCAUGAUCCGGAGGGUGCUAAAUCGGCUGGUUCUGUGUGA